AUGCCACUCAUCCAGGCCCAGCCCACGCACCCACUACCGCUCCCGAUUCCGCUCCCAGUCCAGCAGCAGCAACAGCACCAGCACCAGCAGCAUUUCGCCAAAAGUUCGAUUUGCGGCAGGACAUAUGCCAAGGCCAAGUCCAUGCCGGUGACGCCCGUUCAGCCGCAGUCGCCGCUGGAGGAGACGCCCUCCUAUGAGCUAUACGAACGACAUGCUCACUCCGAUGCCCACGGCCACUCGGACUUCGAUGAGGACUUGGAGGACACCUCAUCGCUGGCCAUGAUCACACCGCCGCCGCCCUAUGACACGCCCCAUCUUCUUGCCUCGCCUCCAGUGCCGCCGCCCCGUCGCUUUCGCUUCGGCAACCGUGAGUUGUUUAGCAUGAGUCCUGCUGGCGGUGGUGCCACUCCCACAACCUCCAGCACUGCCAUAACGCCCACAAAGCUAAGUGCAGCGGCGGCGGCCAUGUUUGCCGCCCCGCAAAUGGCCACGCAGCUCAACAGGAAAUGGCGGCGGCGAAGGAGGAAUAGUAGCUCCGGCGACUCCAAGGAACUGGACAAGCUGGUGCUGCAGUCAGUCGAUUGGGAUGAGAACGAGAUGUACUAGCAGACAAGCCGGAGAUAUAAGCACUUUUAAGAGAAAGAAUUAGAUAAGUUUUGAAAAGGAGCAUAAACUUUCUUCGAAUUCGAAUUAAAGGCUAGGGGAUUCCCAGCUUAAGUGCUUUUAUAAGUAGAAGAAACCCGGUUUGUUUUAAGGUGGUAUUAAAAAUAAUUAAAUAACUUUAAAAAUGUCCACGAUUUACAAAGGAGAACUACAUUUAGACUUAUUUUAUUUUUCAAAUGAAAUUUUUCAUGCACAACUUUUGUGUAUUUUAAUACUUUUAAUUAUAUUUAAAACCACCUUAAAUAGUACACAAGACUCAAUCGCUAGGGGCGCCUGCAAUUUACACUGUGACUUAUGACUGGGGCUGAUUAUAAUACCCCUUAUCCUCAACUACCCUCGCUCGCCCUUCAUUUAACCAAAAGUUGCAAUCAGACAAAAGCUUGCUAGGAGAUUUGCAUGGGGACUUACUUACACAAAAACCCAGAAAGCCAGAGAGAAGUUAUACACGAACUUUAUAAUUAUAUAGCCUUUAUACAUAUACCCAGAUCUGCUAAGUAUACAAAAGCAUAACAUAUAGCAUACGUAUGACUCUUUAUAUACAAACAUGAUAUAUAUAGACACGGUUAAAAAGUAACGCUAAAUUAGAGCUGCAAAUGAUAUUGUUAAUUACCAAUUUGAGCAGAGUCAACACACUUGUAAAUAUUAAACAUAGAAAGGACGAAAGGGACGUAGGCUAAGCAAACCUUAUUCGAGUAGAGUGUACGCGAUAUACAAGAUUUUUUGCAUUUAACCCUGAGAGAAAAGGAAAAUAGAAGAAAUUUACAUGGCAAGACAAAAAAACAAAAACGAAAAACGCUUAUUACUGAUUUACACCAGACAAAACGAAAGAAAUUAACUACCAAAAUACGUGUAGGAGGAAGGCAAACAAAUUAGUCGUAAGCCGUCAGAAAUCGAGUAACUAAGUAGGGUUUUCCGUUGUCAAUUUUCGUUUGCUGAGCCCCCUGCUACUCUACUCUUCAUGAAUUUUCUGCUUCAGUCUCAUGUAGGAAAGUGUAAAUUAUGUACAGGACUAUAUACGCAUUAUAUUCAACCGAUCUGUACAGAAAUCAGUAUGUGCGAUAUGUGCCAUAAUCGGGUGAUUGGGCGCCUAACAUUGGGCCCACAUCCAUUUUUAGUUAGUUCUUAUUUGUUUGCAUUGGUUCGGGAUAAUCCCUUAAUCGCUAUCCAUGUAUAUAUACGAAUAUAUAUUAGGAAGGACACACAAAUUUUAUGUGACGUGAUCGAUCAAAAUUUAGUGAAAGCAUUACAACUAAACAUUAGCCUAGCCACAUAGAUUUUGUAUUAUAGAUCAGAUCGGAGCAGAGCAGAACAGAAGGAAAAGGAAAAGGAACUUUUGAAAAUAUUUUCUCUAGGGGCAUUGCUAGUGUUGUUCUCGUAAUACAUAGAAAGUAUGUUAGAAAGUAGACUAAGCUAACUGAUAUUCAAUAUUUUGUAUGAGAACCAUUCAAGUCAUCAUCCGAUCAAUCUUGGAAAUUGCGUUGCAAGACGAUUAAAGAAAGCGUAGAAAUAUCUAAAUCAAAGCAAAUGUGUAAACGGCAAAAAACAGUAGCGUUUAAAAUAGAAAAUAAAUACAAGGACACUGAAACACUUGCAUACGUAUAUAAAUACUUAAUGCAGCUGCAAUUUUAUGCUUUUAUAUGCAAUUUUACUUUUUUACAAAAUGUAUACAACCGAAGCAACCAACCGCAGAAUGAGGAAUCGAAAAGCCAUUAUUAGAAAAGCAAGAAAGCAAGAUUCUAUAUAAUUUAGACAGCCAAAGAUAUAAUUAAUUAUUAAUUAUUUGUACUGUGUUUUAAUUAGUUUUAUUUGUAAAUAUAUAUCUCAUUUAAUUUAAAUUAAAAAUUAAAGUGUACUGCCCUUAAGCAUUUACAGUCUUUCGUCUAGAUAGUUUCCGUUUCGGUUUAUUUAGUUUUUUAAUCCCUCGUUUUUCGGUAUUCGUUAGAAAGUGUUUUAAGUACUUUAAAAAGCAAUACAAACACGUAAACAUAUAACUCGUAAGCAACAAGAGAUAACAACGUAAGAGUCGGACACUUAGAGUAGCUGCAGAUGGAUAAACAUAGAAGUUUGAACUAAUUCUAGAUCUACAUCAACUAAUCAUACAAUUUCAUACAAGUAUUACUGAAUCAGAUCAUUAACUUUUAUACACUUUACCAUUUACAUAUAUAUACAACAACAGCAACAAGCAAACUGAAUGCCGAUUACCGAUUAUUUGAUAUAUACAAGACGAGCAGUCUAACGUAAUUGUAAUACGAGGCCCUGGCUACGGCUACAAUUGAACGGUUUUACACUGAAUAAUGCCUGCAGACAUAAACCAGCAGAGAAUCCAUGAAUAUAUAUAUACUUAUACAUAACUAUAUAGAUGAACCAUACACUUAUUAGGUACUUUAGACGAGAGAUUCUCUAGAAACGCUUUUAAAUUGAAGGAAAACGAAAAGGAAAAACACAAAAAAAAGUAAUAAACAAAGAAAACAAAAGAAUUAAGCAAAGUAUUUUAUUAAAAACACUCAACAAAGAAAUGGCAGAGUCAAAAAAGCAAACAAAAAAAUCUAUAAAUUUCUAAAACACUUUCCGGAAAGGUUACACUUUUGGUAAACAAGAAAACCAAUUCUGCAACUUUUUAAGAAUAACAGAAACUGGGGUUGAGAUUGAGAACAUACUUUAAAGAUAAUUAUAAGCUAAUGGAAAACGAUUUUUAACUUUCUCCGAAUAAGACAAAAACAAUUAUUACCUACAGAUUGUAGCCGGCGCAUUCAUAUUUGCUAAUUAGCAACUUAUUAAAAUAUAAAAAGAACAAGCAACAUUUAAGGAAUUAGAGCAGAAAGCAGGAACCCCAAAACGGAAAAGAAUUAAAAUAUAUAAAAACCAUUAGGAACGAAGGAAAUGAAUCCUUGACAUGACACACACUCAAGUAUUCAUUUUUUCCAUUAAGAACGAUAUAUAUUCAAGUGCUUCUUACAUAAAAUAAAAAUAAAUAUAAUAUAUAUAAAACCGAAAAAAAAGAAAACAAAAAUAUAUGAAUGAUUAAAGGAUAGAUAUUAUUACGAGCAGGCAGGCAUUACAUUAUAAAAAUACCUACUAACUAGGCUAAGGCAUUUACGAUUAACUUGACUCUUAUUAACUGUAUUAUUAUUAUUAUUAUUGUUUUUGGGAAAACGAGCGAACUAUUACAGAUAAAACUGAAAUCAGAUCACUGAGCGGAUUUAGGCUAAGCAUAACGUAACGUAACGUAAUAACUAUGUACGAUAUCUGGUUCCGUUUGGUUUUAUAAUUUCUAAGUAGACAGCUCUCCAUCUCUCUUUCUACGCAAAUAGUAUAAUUACGAACACACACUGACACGUAAUCGAUGCAUUUUACUUUCCCGAGAGUUAUGCGAGUUCACGAAUUCAAUUUAUAUAAUUAUGUUAAGAUUUUAUAACGCAACAACAACCAGCCUAACGUAUGCAUUACUAUUACGCGAAACUCUGUAAAUACUUCACCAAAGCAAAUAAAAUAUUCCUUCAUUAAAGCAAAAAUAAACCAAAAAAAGAUCCAUAA